AUGUUAUCGACAUCAGCAAGACUAGGAGAACACGACUCGGGUGCAAAGCGUCUCCAGAGGGAGGGUCCUGGUACCUUGUUCACGCGGGCAGAACUGGCGGGAGUGAGGUACCUAUACCGCCUGUGCGGCGGGCCACUAGGCCUGAUCGGGGUGUGCUUGGCGCCCCUGAAAAAUGAGUUAGUUGGGCUUGAACUUCAUCCUGAUUCUGUCCCGGAUUCCAGCUUCCAACAAGCUUCCAAGCGUCCAGAUUCCAGAUUCCGGAUUCUGGAUUUCCUGCCGUUCCUGGCGCGAGCACACGGCUGCCUCGCCGUUCAGUUCUCAGCCCGUUCGAACCAGGCGAGUUCUCAUGACUACGUGACAAGAGAGUCCUCGCGAACCCGCAGCGCCGCCGCGGUGGUGGUCGUGUCGUUCCUUGUUGGCCCGCAUUAUUUAACUACCCUCGCUUUGGUUCUCCUCCGCCCUCAACCAAUCUCCCCUCCCCACUUGACGUUUCCCAUCGCUCAUUUCGUGGUGUGUCCACCGACUGCGAGAGCUGCCAUCCCGGUUGACUGCUCAGCCCACGUCCCAAUGAAUGGUCCUAGUGUUUGCAUUCGCUUCUGA